AUAAGGCCUCCCCUCCCUCGUCCAUGGGUUCUCGCUCGCCUCGCCUUCGUCGUCGUGCGCCUCGUCUUCGUCGUCUCCGUCGUCGUGAUUGUGGGCCUCGCCUUCGUCGUGGUGGUGGUGGUGGUGGUGGUGUGCAGAUCAUAUCUCGCAAGACUCGGUCGAGAGAGAGAGAGAGACAGACAGAGACGCUGGUUGAUUCAACUCGCUCUCCCUCUCCUGCGGGACGAAGUGAAUUUUUCCUUUCUUCCUUCUUUCCACGCGACGACAGUGUUGGUGUCACUACCGGUACUACUUGCUACACCUCUCUUUCGCUCACUCGCCCCCACUUUAUCGCACCCCAACUCGGCCUUUACGAGCCUCCUCUUCUCUCUUGUCACUGUGCACCCCCACUGCUCCCCUCCCUGUGCCCGGCAAGCAUUUGCGUAGCAUCGACAGUGUCCAGGCUUGUACAAUCUGAGGCGAGCGUGUUGUUGCGGGGGUGGUGGGAGCAGCGGUCUUGGUGAUGGAGGAAGUUAUUGUGGUAGCAAGGGUGGGCGGCGCACGGAUUCUAGCGGAUUAGAGCUGAAUCGAGCUAAAUUGAGUAACGCUGUCCUGCGGUCGUAUUCAUUGUAAGAAAACCGCUUGAAUUGAGAGUAACAUCUGAUUCUGAAUUUAGGUGUUUCGUGGAGAGUCUGCAUUGUCGUGGCAGAAUUCGAUGGAACCGGCAUGUGCGAACUUAGCUCGCAGUCAAUUUUCGGUUAUGCCAGUCUCGUUAAGUCCUUGCUGCAGCAAAAGUAACGUGUGCAACACAAGGGUCUCAUCUGCGUUUCUGCAGCAAGGCAAUGUGACUACAAGGUCGUCCUUGCUGGUCACAUCAACACAAGCUGUCCAAGUAGGGAAUUAUGCAUGCUGUGCGCAGAGUUGCACCCAUGGUGUGGAGCUCAAUCACGGCCUUGGUGGCAGGUUGGUCAUGCAUACUGAUAUAGGCUGGCACGAGCGAUUAGAGGUCAGAGAUGUUCAUGGACACUCGGCGAGAAGUAAGACAUCAUCGACGAAUGUCGGAUGCAGUAGGUCGUUGUUUGACAAUUUAGAAGGACACUGGUUCAGGGAUCAACCUAGAAUUGGUUCGACUCAUUCCUCUGCAUUUGGUAACUCAUCUCCUGCUUCGACUUCUGGUGGCAUCCAUCGACGUGGUUCCCCAUGGGGAUCGAAGAGGCCACGAUCACGAAAUUGCUGCUGCAGUUCGGAAGGGAUGGGUGGUGAUAAAAAUGAGACUGGCGCCGGAGGAGAAGAGAAAUAUGAGGUCUCGCGUAUUCCUAAUGAAGGGGUGACCAACAGAGCUACUCCAAGUUCCAAAUCUGACCGAGUAGCCGAUCGUUCAGCCGCUCAAGUUGGGACACUGGAGUCUGAGUUAUUCCUGUACACGGGCCGUAUGAGGGCUCUGGAGAAUUUCAGGGCAGAAGUGGCAAAGCCAGAUGAAGAGAUCAGCUUAGUCCGAGCAGCAGUGUUUGUGGCCCAGCACUUGUACCCAAGAAUCACUGCCGAAGAAGUGGAAGCCGAGAUGAAGGAAAUGGCUGAUGAACUUGAGCCCCUGCUACCACCACCUGCUGAGCGAUACACAAUGCGAAUGAUCAACUCCAUCAAUAGGUAUCUUUAUGGUCAACUAGGUUAUAAGGGAGCGACAAACUACCUUGAUCCCGACAACUCAUGUAUAAACAUGGUGCUGAAGAGGCGAGAAGGAUUGCCUCUUACAAUGUCACUGUUGUAUAUGGAACUUGCUAAGCGCGUGGGUUUGCCAAUGCAAGGGGUGAACUUGCCCGCACAUUUUAUGUGCCGUCCAACUGGAGAUGGAUUAGAGUUUUUCAUUGAUGCUCACGCGAAUGGCAAAAUCACUUUCCUGCAGGAUGCCGAAGAGAGGUUAUCUGUAGUGUAUGGUGUGCCAGUUGAGAUCAACCCAGAAUUUUUAAAGCACACAUCCAUCACUAAUCGAGCUUUCUUGCUUCGCCUAUUAUUCAACCUGAAACGGAUCUACUUUGAACGGAAAGAUCCUGUCAGUACACUCUGCAUCAUCGAUUAUCUGAAGAUUGUGCGGCCAGGUGUCAUUGAGGAGACCAGGGACUAUGGAAUAUGCUUGUAUCUGCUGAACCGUUUCUCAGAGGCGAUACCUUGCCUUGAAGCUUACAUUCAGGAAGCGCCAAGAGCGACUGAUGCAGAAUCUAUGAGGUCGCUUCUUACAAAGAUGCGGCGAGACAAAAUGUCGUGAGGGUGAUGGUACAUGAGUUUCUUAGAGCUCUAUAGUGAUGUAUAGUGAUCUGUAGAAGUUUCGGUGGUAGUGGAGGAACUGCAACACCACUGUUAUCCUUAGUGCAGAGCUCUUUCUGAGUUUUCUUCUCUGUACAUAAGAGCACAUACAAGAUAGGCUACUGGAGCAUUUUUAAAGUGGCAUAAAAGGUGACUUGAAAUGCUUUUGUUUGUGUUUGAGCUUUAUUAACUGACUCCUAUUUUGUCCACCA